CUCCGUCGAUUGAGGUUAUCCGGGGGAUGCUGUAUGGGAUGCGGGACUUCGAACUGCGGGGUCUCGUGCUCUGGAUGCUGCAGAAAGAUCCCGCGCGCCGUCCCACUCUGCGGGAAGUCAUGGAGCACCCGUAUUUUGCCAAUGUCAAGAUCGAGUGGGAACGGAUCAAAGACAAGUCUUAUAUUCUGUCGUACAUACCCGAGAUACAUUCCACGAUGUCGAUACCGAGGGACCCUCCGCCCCCGAAGAUUGACGGGGACAAACGCGAUGCGGCAGGCUACCCCGUUCUCGGAGACACCGUAAGAUGUCCCUUCUUCAGCCCCAUGAAUUACGAUGCGUUCGAGAACCGUCGCGGUGGAGGGACACUACGACCGUAAACUGUCAAAUGCUCGUGCUAUCUGUAUCCUCGUUUCGCGCUGCAAGUUAUCCUGCUGUGAUCACGGACAAUGUCAUUGUACCUGGACUCUUGCUCUCCUACUCGAUGUUCAC